CUACGAUGCCAGAGUCGGUAUAUAUUGUUAGUGCUGUUCGUACUCCAGUGGGUUCCUUUGGUGGUGCUCUCAAGCCUCUUACUGCAACAGAGCUUGGCUCCAUUGCUCUGAAAGCUGCUAUUACAAAGGCCAAGAUCAAUCCUGAGCUGAUUGAGGAGAUCUUUUUCGGUAAUGUCCUCUCAGCAAACAAUGGCCAGAAUCCUGCUAGACAGGUUGCUCUCGGUGCUGGUUGUUCAAAGAGCAUUCCUGCCACUACGCUCAACAAGGUGUGCGCAUCUGGCAUGAAGGCCAUUGAGCUUGCUGCUCUGACGAUAUCUUCUGGAAAUGCUCAUAUUAUUGCUGCAGGUGGUUGUGAGAGCAUGUCCAACGCUCCUUUCUAUCUUCCUGGACAGAGAUGGGGUACAAAGUUUGGUAAUCAAGAGAUCGUUGACAGUAUUAUCAAGGAUGGUCUGUUUGACGUCUACAACAAGUAUGUCAUGGGCAAUGCUGCAGAGUUGUGUGCCAAAGAGUUUGAGAUUUCUCGCGAAGCUCAGGAUGACUAUGCCAUUUCAUCUUACCAACGUGCUCAAGCAGCUACAAAGGCUGGUCAUUCCUCAAACGAAAUUGUCAAUGUGGAAAUUCCUGGCGUUCGUGGUAAACCUGGAAAAACCAUUUCUGAAGAUGAGGGCAUCAACAACUUGGAUAUUUCCAAACUUCGUGCUAUGAAACCUGCCUUUCAGUCUGUUGAUGGAACUGUCACUGCUCCAAACUCUAGUCCCUUGAACGAUGGUGCUGCUGCUUUGAUCCUUGUUUCUGGAUCAAAACUCAAGGAAUUGGGACUCGUUCCAGUGGCCAAAAUUCUUGGCUGGGCUGAUGCUGCUCGAGAACCUGAACGCUUCACGAUUGCACCGUCCCUUGCCAUUCCUAAAGCACUGAAACACGCUAAUCAAACCAUCGAGGACAUGGACUUUUUCGAACUCAACGAAGCUUUUUCUGUUGUUGCGAUUGCCAACAGCAAAAUCCUUGGAUUGUCUGCUGAAAAGGUAAAUGUCUUUGGUGGUGCAGUUGCCAUUGGCCACCCACUUGGUUGUUCUGGUGCACGUAUCGUUGUUACGUUGAUCAAUGUUCUCAAAACACGUGGUGGUCGUAAAGGCAUUGCUGGAAUCUGUAACGGAGGUGGUGGUGCUAGCGCUGUUGUGAUCGAGUCAAUGCUUUAAGCGGCUCUCAAGCUAUCUACCUUUUUCAACGUUUGUUACAAACUACAACUGCAUUUUGUUUGUUACACAAUGAAUGAAUUUU